UGCGAUCUUGACAGGUUAGGGCAUGCUGGGAACAAGUGACGCGCGCGUCACGUUGAUCUGAAUUUUUGCUCAGUAUCACAACAUUUCUCCUUAACUGGAGGGAAUAUUUACAAGUUUUUGGCAGCUAGAACAUUGUUGAUCAACGAUGUCGAAGCCCAAGAGUGAGAUGACUCCGGAGGAGCUGGCCCAGAGGGAACAGGAAGAGUUCAACACAGGCCCCCUCUCGGUGCUGACCCAGUCUGUGAAGAACAACACUCAGGUCCUUAUCAACUGCAGGAACAACAAGAAACUUCUGGCCAGAGUCAAGGCAUUUGACAGACACUGCAACAUGGUCCUAGAGAACGUAAAAGAGAUGUGGACAGAGGUGCCAAAGACGGGAAAAGGCAAGAAGAAGUCCAAACCCAUUAACAAGGAUCGCUACAUCUCCAAGAUGUUCCUACGAGGCGACUCCGUCAUCCUGGUGCUCCGCAACCCACUUGCAACUGCCGCAAAAUGAGGACUGGAGCUUCUUUUGUACUUUUCUGUAGACAUCAACCCUUCAUUUUGUAUUGUACGAUUUAUGUGUGCUCCAAAACGUUUCGGUGAACUGUCAAACUAAAACUAAUCUUUCCAGCAAACUAGAGGGCUGUAUCAGUUGUUAAUGUUUUCAGAUAGGAUUUUGUGGUAGUUGAACUGGACUACCCUGUCUCUGGCAGAUCCUUGAUGUACUGCAUGGAGUCCCUAUCCCACUAUUGACUGUACAGCUUGAUAGUCUUUCAGAAGGGAGGUGGAAGAUUUAGUUCGGCCUAGGAACUUUCAGUUUAUCUGGUUAUUAAAGUAAAACUAUGAUACUUUUAGUCAUGGAAAGCCCCAAGAUUGUACUACACUUCUGGAUCAUACUGAUAGUUGAUAGGGGUACAUAAUGAGACAGCAUUGCUCUGUAGGAUAGUACUUGGUCCUAUUUUUAUGUCUUAAACCUUUUGUUAUUGCCAUUCUUCAUGAGAAUGUUCAAAUGUAAAAGAAGUGGUACCAUUGUCAGCCACACAUGUCUAAGUUGAGAGCUGGAGAACAUUUUUGUUAUUGCUGUCCAGCUCCCAAAUAAAGAACAUUCCUGCAUUGUGAA